AUGGUUUUUGCUGUUGGGGCUAUGCAGAACUCGCAUGAUGUUGCCCCCUCUUCUGCCCUGCUUGACGAGCUGGUGAAGAAGAAUGCUGACCUUACUGACAAGCUCUCGAACGAGCGGAUUCGCCAUGACGCGAGGAUUUCCGAGAUGAAGGAGAGUAUGUCCGCACUUAAGAGUUCUGUUGGCCAAAAAGAUGACGAAGUCAAGUCUCUUAUGGCUACCCUGCUCGAACGCAAGGAAGCCUACUUUAGCCUCGAACGCAAGCAUGCUGCUCUGGCCCAAGAUCGUGAUAGGCUGCUGGUCAAGUUUGACAACCAUGUGGAAGCCACGGAGGUGUCCAAACAUGAGAUUGCUGCUAAUGCGUACAAGCUGGGAUACCUGGACUGCCAGAACGGCGCUCCUCCUUGCUGUCCUCUCGAAGAUGACGAUGAUGAGCAGUCCAGUCUUGAUCUGCCCCUUGCUCACAGUAAGCAGAUCAAUGUUGUGGAUGCAGAGGCAGUUGAAGAGCAGGUAGCAGAUGAAGCCGCAACGGAGGAAGACAAGCCCCAAGGCGGGUCAGCUGAGGAGGGUAAGGAACAAGCGGCCAAGGCAGUUGAGUAG